CAUUAGCGAGAGCGGCUCGGCGGGGCGCUGGGAGCUAGUGCGGGGAGCGAGCCUUUCUAGCCUGCCCUCUCGUUCUCUCUUUAGCAACAUGGCGGGCGUGGAGGCGGCGCAGGCGGCGGCUGCGGAGAGGCACCUGAACGGCGAGCUGGAGCCGGACGACAAGGACGACGGCGCAGCCGCCACGGCCGAGGAAACAGCCAAGAAGAAGCGCCGCAAGAAGAAGAAGGGCAAGGCCGGAGCAGCAGGACAACAGGAAACAGAGGGAGAAUCGGGGACUUCUGUCAAUGAGGUAGUCAAACAGCUGGAAAAGCAGGCCCUGGAGGACAAAGAAAAAGAGGAUGACGAUGAAGAUGGGGAUGGAGAUGGAGAUGGAGCAGCUGGAAAGAAAAAGAAAAAGAAGAAAAAGAAGAAAGGACCGAAGGUGCAGACAGACCCACCCUCAGUGCCCAUAUGUGACCUGUAUCCCAGUGGUGUGUUUCCAAAGGGCCAAGAAUGCGAGUACCCCUCAACACAAGAUGGGCGUACAGCAGCUUGGAGAAGCACAAAUGAAGAAAAGAAAGCGCUAGACCAAGCCAGUGAGGAAAUCUGGAAUGAUUUUCGGGAAGCUGCUGAGGCACACAGACAAGUGAGGAAAUAUGUAAUGAGCUGGAUCAAGCCUGGGAUGACCAUGAUCGAGAUCUGCUGUUUUUUGUCUGUUGCUUUACCCACAUUUGGGGUGGGGGGAAGAAGUUUAGAUGGCUUUCACCCACUUGCUUCUGGACUUGGUAGGAUUAUUGAUUGUGCUUUUACUGUCACUUUCAACCCCAAAUAUGACACAUUGUUAAAGGCUGUAAAAGAUGCUACUAACACUGGAAUAAAGUGUGCUGGAAUUGAUGUUCGCCUCUGUGAUGUUGGUGAGGCCAUUCAAGAAGUUAUGGAAUCUUAUGAGGUUGAAAUUGAUGGCAAAACAUAUCAAGUGAAACCCAUUCGAAAUCUUAACGGGCAUUCAAUUGGGCCAUAUAGAAUACAUGCUGGGAAAACGGUGCCCAUUGUCAAAGGAGGAGAAGCAACAAGAAUGGAGGAAGGAGAAGUAUACGCCAUAGAAACCUUUGGCAGUACAGGGAAAGGUGUGGUACAUGACGAUAUGGAAUGCUCACAUUAUAUGAAAAAUUUUGAUGUUGGACAUGUGCCAAUAAGACUUCCAAGAGCAAAACAUUUGUUAAAUGUCAUCAACGAAAACUUUGGUACUCUGGCCUUCUGCCGCAGGUGGCUAGAUCGCCUAGGAGAAAGCAAAUACCUGAUGGCUCUCAAGAAUCUGUGUGACUUGGGCAUUGUGGAUCCCUACCCUCCCUUAUGUGACAUCAAAGGCUCCUACACAGCACAAUUUGAGCACACCAUCCUCUUAGCCCAACAUGCAAAGAAGUUGUCAGCAGAGGAGAUGACUAUUAAACGUAACCCGAGGCCACUUCAGCCGCUUUGUAUUCUGGGCUUUGUUGAGUGUGCAACAUAUUGUCUGUUUUUAACAGUGGACCUCUGUAAUACUUUCCCAUGUGUGAAAAGGAAGGAAUUCAGUCAAAGGCAAGUCUUCUAAUGUAACUAACUGAGGAAAAAGCUUUCAGGGCUUUAGAGAGAUUUCACAAAUGUUAAACUGUUGAAUAUUUUCUGUUCAGGAAAAUGUGCUAUGAAGCUCAAUUUUUAGUUUGGAAUGAGUUAUACAUUUUGUUUUGAACAUUUAUUCUAAAAGAUGCUUUUCAGAUAUUUAUAUUACCAUAUUCCUUGAAUGCUUUGAAUGACCACCCAAUUCUACUACACUUAAGCCUUCUGGUAUAUUGCCUUUUAAACUUCCUGGAUUCCAUUUUGUAAAAAAUAAAGACAAAUUUUCAGAUCUAA